AGGGGGCUGGACCAGAGGAGAAGGCUGCAGAGGAGCAACAACUCUGGCGACACCUGCAAAACAAACUCCCGACCGACUUUACCGGAGCGAAGAGACGGGGGGAGCCGGGGGGAGCAGUGAUGCAGAGCAAGGGUGCGGAAAGUGCUUAUUAAGCGGAGAAAGCGAGCAGCAGAGACACUUUUAUUCAAAGAUAACAAGUCGUGCGAUUUUUAGUUCACGGACCGAGAGCUGAAAGAGAGAGAGAGAGAGAGAGAGAGAGAGAGAGAGACGACAGCAGGCAUCUGGUGGAUGGAGAGAAAAUGGAGGUGAACAGAAGAGAGGUGCCUCUGUAUGGACAAGUGGAGGCCCGUGUAAGGUUACAAGCCAGCGCUCCUGAAGACGCAGAGUUUUAUGCUGUUGUACGAGGCUCUAGCCUUACACAUGUGACUGCAGCAAAAAGAGGAGACGAUGGGCUGAGCCUUAGCUUCACAGUUCCCGGCCAUGCCCUUGUGGAAGUUGUUUGCGUCACAUCCUAUUUUUACGCAGAGGGCCGAGUCGAGCCAUGCGAAGGUGAAGCAUCUCUUGAAUACAUCAGGGACGUUGCCCAGGAGGCAGCAGAGUACCUGAGCGCAAACAGGGACCAGCUCGGCCCCCAGAGCUACCGAGGAGUUCUGAAGAGGUUUUCCACGUGUGCGCAGGCAGCUGACGAGGAGUUCUGCGCUGCAGGGUUAGACAGCAAUGAGGAGGAUGUACGGCUCAGACAAAGUUCAGCUGAUGAAGCCGGUCUCAGGCAGAUGGAUGACAAUAUCACACAUGCUAUGGCCAACAUGGAUUACCCUCAGCAGUGGAAAAACACUGACAGUCAGCCGAGAGAAGCUGCUGAGCUUCAGCCCAGAGAAACCCUCCUUCACCUUGCAGUGCGUUUGGGUUUGGUCCAUCUCUCCCGUUUCUUAAUCCACCAACCGAGAGGUCAAAGGGCGCUGACCUUACCUAAUCAGGAGGGAGACACCCCCCUCCAGCUGGCUCAGAAGGACAGACAGCAUGCCAUGUUCAGAGUGCUUGCAGCACCUCCAGGUCCUGCAGUCGGCCCUGUUCCAGGUGUGUGGUGUGUGUGGUCCGACAGCUCCUGCAUGCUGAGGUUCUGUCCCUGUACGGACUCCCUGACCCUGACUGUGCGGCAGACAUCCGGCAGCUGCCCUCAGGACGCUAUCCUGGCCCUCCGCGACAAACUGGGAGACCACAGCAUCCUCAAACGGAUCAAUGUGCUUAAAGCUGAUAGUGAGGAAGACGAGAGAGAGAAAGAGUUCCUACCUAGUGAUAAAGGCAAGGAACUCCGAGUGGAAGCGCACGCGCUGGUAGACAAUGUGUUUGAGGAACAGCUUGUUCUUUCCUUGGAUGACGACGACGAUGAAGACGAGUACCCAUCCUCAUUAUCUGUGAAUGGGCAUCCGAUGCAGUCCGGUGGAGUCCAGAGCCAGUUCAUUCAGCGUGCGACAGACCCUCUUCUCUCCAUGAUCAACAGCAGCGAUCACAUCAUCACACAUCGGACACAGGAGGAAGAUGCUGAUAGCAAGUACAGCGUCGGUGGAGUGACCCGGGACAGCACAGGGACAGACAGCGGGUUGUGGGAGACAGUGGACCUGCUAGCCGUUGACGCUCCUCCAUCCUGUUCAGAAGAUUUCUACGUUCCCUCUCCACCCUGCUCACCUUCGCUCUCACCCGCCGACCAGACCCUCGCCAGGCUGAACCGUCCCACCUGCUCUGAGCCGACCAAUCGGAGAGAAAGUUCACCCAUGGAAAGCUGCGACCUCAGUCCCAGUCUAGUGGCUCUGGAAGUGGACAGUGAAGAAGACGGCACCGAGCCAAAGUCUCCGCUUUCCCCUCUGUCGUCAGAUGUGGAGAAAAGUGAUAACAAAAGGGAAACCUUCCGUCCCACCCCCGACCUCACGUGCACUCGCAGCCAAUCUGCCUCCUCAGCAUGUGAACCCACCACAAAAGAAUUGGGUGACCCAGGGAUUCGACUGCGUUCGUAUUCCUACUCUUCCCCCAAAAUCAGCUUGCGCCCCGCUCGUUUUACGCGGGACAACCACACUUCAGAUAUCAGCCCUGAGCAAAGAACCUCCAGUAUGUCAGAGCAGUCACAUGAAAAAAGAAUUGAAGAGGAGGAGUUGGACAAGUACAACAUCCCGACGAAGGUGGAGUCGGAGAAGUACAAAGUCAUUCGCACCUUCAGUUUCCUCAAGAGCAGGAUGUCCAGUACACGCAACAAGACCAAGGGGAAGGGGAAGGACCGGGAGGCCAAGGAUAGGCAGCUGAAUGGACAUCAGUUUAACACGGGCUCCUGUUUGGGCCCCACCGUGUGCGUGGUGUGUGACAAACCAGCAUUUGGAAAGGACCUGCUGCAUUGCUCCAGUUGCACUGCUAUCGUCCAUAAGAGCUGUAAGGAAUCGGUCCCCCCAUGUUUGAAGAAACUUCAGGAUAAGUAUGCGGUCACCAUGGUGAAGAACAGGGCAGCAUCCCUCCCACAGAAUUUCACAGUGAGAGACAGUCCUCCUCUGUGUGUUGUCCCCGUCUCCACCUCUCUACCGGUCAUGAAAGACCCGGCGACACAACCCUGCCUUCUCUCUGGGACUUUCCCGAACAGUGACAGUCGGCUCAGUGAGAGUUCAGAGACGGAGUGCGACGGCUGGAAGGCGAACAGCCGAUCAGAGGAGCUCCUGCCGACUCCGGUGUCCUCCACUUCCACUGACUCAUCCUUCGGAGAAGACUGUGUGGAUGCGUGUUUCAACAGCGACAUGUCGGCUGAUGCUGUGGAUUACGAGGCUGAGUCGUGGAGUCUCACUGUGGAGCACAAGUUCUGCAAGAAGCAGGAGAAACGAGCUGUCAAGAGGCAGGAUGUUAUCUAUGAGCUGAUGCAGACCGAGCUUCACCACCUCCAGACGCUGCACAUCAUGGCCGAGGUUUUCCGGCGAGGCCUGAAGGAGGAAGUGCAGCUGGAUACGGAGGCACUGGACCGCGUCUUCCCCUGUUUGGACCAGCUGCUUCUCUGCCACCACGCCUUCUUUGCUUCCAUGAAGGAGCGGCGACACAGCUCCGCCCAGCCCCAGGGACACAGCAACUACCUCAUCCAGCACAUAGGAGACGUCUUGCUGCAACAGUUUUCAGGUGAGAACAGCGAGAAAAUGAAGCAGGUGUAUGGAGACUUCUGCAGUCGUCACAACGAAGCGGUCAGCUUUUUCAAAGAGCUCCAACAGCACAACAAGAGAUUUCAGAACUUCAUUAAGCAACAAGGUAAUAAUUCUUUGGUGAGACGGAGGGAGAUCCCAGAGUGCAUCUUGCUGGUAACCCAAAGGAUUACAAAGUACCCAGUGCUGUUGGAGAGGAUCCUGCAAUAUACUCAAGAGGAGACAGAGGAGCAUGCCGACCUUUCGAAAGCUCUGGUUCAGAUUCGAGAGGUGAUAACAGCCGUGAACCUGAGCGUCAGCGAGUACGAGCAGCAUCAGAGGUUACAGGAAGUGUGGAACCGCAUGGAGAACCGCAGCGCAGCCAAGCUGAAGAACGGCCACACCUUCCGCAAGCAGGACAUGAUGAAGCCGGGACAAAUGCUCAAACAUCAGGGCCUGCUCCUGUGGAAGACUGCCACUGGUCGACUUAAAGAUGUCCUGGCGCUCCUUCUCAUAGAUACACUCAUCUUCCUGCAGGAAAAAGACCAGAAGUUUACAUUUGCCACAGUGGAUCAAAAGCCUCCAGUCAUCGCACUGCAGAAGUUAAUAGUGCGAGAAGUAGCAAACGAAGAGAGGGGGAUGUUUUUGAUCAGCGCGUCAGCCGCCGGGCCUGAAAUGUAUGAGGUCCACACGUCAUCCAAAGAGGAACGAAACACCUGGAUGAGGCUCAUUAGAGAGGCUGUAGAGAGCUGUCCGGAGGAAGAAGAAGAAUACUCCAGUGAAUCUGAAGAGGAGAAGCGAGCAGCUGAGGCUCGAAUUCAAAAGAUCCAGAAGUUACAAGAGAGCCUGAUGAGCCAGGAUCAGCGGAUCUGCUCCAGCCUGGAGGAGAAGCUGCAGGUCUACGCUGAGCUCGCUGCUCUGAGUGGGAAGACGGACGCUUCGCUGGUCGAGCCGCGACUGCUCGUCCAGCCGCACUCAGAGGAGCUGCCGCAGGCCGCCGUGUUGCUGGCUGCAGCUCUGCAAGAGGCUGAGAACCUGAAAGCCACGCUGUCGUCCAAGGUCUGUUCUCCAUCGAGUCCCAGCCCGCACUCGGACACAGACUCCGUGUUUCCCGUCAGCCCUGCUGCGCUCGUGCAUCCACCUUCAGACUCUGAGGCUUCACCCGAAAACCUGGAGGCCAGCGAGGGGAGCUGGAGUGACGCGCUUCAGUCCCCAACUCUCUCGGAACAAACGGACACGAAUGACAUAGAUUUGAAGGUUGCUCUAAGUGUCCAAAGCCUGACGCAGUUACUCUACAGUCUGCAGGCCGCAGUGACCAUCCAGGACAGCUGCUAUGAGGUCCAGAGGCUCCUCCUGCAGGAGACCGGGCGUCCUUCCCCCCGCGCCCAGCGACCUCACCUUCCAAGCAUCCGGGGCAACACCCUGCAAGAACAGGAGAAGCAGCGAAACCUGGAGAAGCGGAAAGAGGAGGUGGCGACGGCUCAGCGGCUUCAGGACCGACUGCGCCAAGAGAAGGAGCGCUGGGAGAGGGCGUGCCAGGCCAGGGAGAGCCAGCAGGGGGAGCAGGAGAGCAGGCUGGAGGAGAGGGAGAAGCAGUGCCACCUGGAGAUGGAGAGGCUGAAGCGCGAGAAGGAAGAGUUGGAUGAGCAGCUGGAGGAGUACCAGCAGAGCCUGGAGCGGCUCAGGGAGGGCCAGAGGAAUGUGGAGAGGGAGCGUGAGCGUCUGGACAACCAGCAGAAGCUGCUCCAGACCUGGAGACACAGCCGGCAGAGGAGUCUGCCCACUGUGAUUCCUCACAUGGUCAUCCCUCUAGAUGGGCAGCAGGACUCAACCUCAAGUCCGUCCAGAGACCUCUCCGGUAACGGCUCCGUGUUCGUUAAUGAGGCCGCGUUCGCCGGCACCAGCAUCAACAACCGCCACGUCCACCACAAAAGGAACGACCCCAGCGCGCACAAUUGUCUCAACACACUGCUGGCAAAAUCGAACAGCAGACAGCCCCCCGUAGCGAAGACUCCCCACAGUCCACACUCAGACUCCCAGGGAUGGAUGAUGGGGACAGGGUACCUCUACAACCCUGCAGGAAGGCUGGAGCUGCAACACAUGCCCAGUGAUCUUCACGGUCACGUCGGGGAGACGUGGUCGUCGACAGCAAGCGGAGCUGACCCAUAUCCGGUGCUCCCGCAUCCCAGUGACCCUCAGCUGGACCUCAGUGCUCUGGUUUCCUUGGAGACUGACAGCGGUGGGGAGGAGGGCAGUGAGGAAACCAUUGUGUACCUCUGAAUGUGAAUACAUUUCAGACUCUAAACAGCCAACCAAGCACUUGGAGAAAAAAAAAAAGACUUUUAUGAAGCAUCACGAUUGGAAUCAACAGUCUUUGAGUCUUGUUAUUUAAAAGAUUGGGUUGUGGUCUUUUUGUUAGUGUAAUGUUACCGGGAGCACAGAGAGAGAAACGGAUAGAAAGAAGGUUGUUUCUCACAUGUGUCAUGCACCUUAGCUCGAGGCACCACUGGGUGUUUAAUGUCUCUCUAUUUUCUGUGUGUGUGUGUUUGUGUGUGCAGCUUCACUUUUCCUCUUUUCCCCCUCUCUGCUUCUUACUGUCCCUCCCUCGCUGCCUUCCUUUCUCAGGUCCCACACAUCUCGUCCCUCGAGCACUAUAUUUAUUAAAUUUACCACAAAAGAGGAGAAAAGGCGUACAAGCAAAACAUCAGGCUGUAUCUCUCUAGCGGCCGAUUGUCUUAACUACCCUUCUUUCAUCUAUCAGACACGCUCUGUUUAUGUACAAGCCGAGCGUAACAUAAGGCACAAAACAUUAGGAUUGAAAGAUGAGGUGCGACAGUGUCAGUCCCACGUUUUUCAGACCCGCUGGCUGGAGCCAUCAUUUAUUUCUUUUUUAUCUAAACCACGUUUUUCAUGUUAAGAGAAAUAAGCACAGAUGUGGUUUCAAGAGAGAUGUUGCAGCUGUGCUAAUAUGUAGAUUUUAACAGAGCGCAGACAUUCAACCGCAAAAGCCUGAGAGAGCCUGUUUUGAGUACACUGUUCCUGGGGAAAAAAGAUUUUGGUGCAGGAAGAUGGACAAAAGGAAAACAUGUUAAUACAUUUUUAAAUAUGAAUGUAAUUACCACAAAUGUCUGACUACACACUGGGGAUGAAUCCUAAUGAUUUGAUGAUUCCAUGACUAUUCUUCAAGUACCUGUGGUUUUGAAUGAAACAACUCAACUAUUGGAUGGAAAGUCAUGCAAUUAGUUUCAGACAGUCAUGUCCCCCUGAUGAAUCAUAAUGACUGUGGUGAUUUCCAAACUCUUCAUCUAGCCCCAUUCUUCAUCAUUAUCAUCAUCAUCAAACUAUUGAUUGACUUUGGUUUAUGACGAAAUACCUCAAACACUAAUAACAUUCCCAUCAGCCUCAGUUGUACUUUGUGCUUCGUGCUAAUUAGCAAAUGUUAGCAUGCUAACACCCUAAAGUAAGAUGGUAACAUGGUAAAUCAUUAUUCAUGCUAAACAUCAACAUAGUAACAUUGUCAUUGCGAGCAUGUUAGCAUGCUAACACCCUAAAGUAAGAUGGUAACAUGGUAAAUCAUUAUUCAUGCUAAACAUCAACAUAGUAACAUUGUCAUUGCGAGCAUGUUAGCAUGCUAACACCCUAAAGUAACA